AUGAGGCUGGCAAGCCGCCCUGCCCAACUCCCGCCUGCCGACCACAAGCAAGCAGAGCACCUGCCUGACGAGAUCCUCCUCGAGAUCCUGUCUCACAUCCCACGCACCAAAGAGUCGCAAUCCGUCCUUCGCGCUUUCUGCCACGUCAAGCGCCAGUGGUACGACGUCGCCAUCUCCCGCUUGUACGAGGAGCCGUGGCUUGAGGGCUCCAGCUUUGAACUCUUCGUCCGCACCAUCUGCCCCUCCCGGAAUCUGCACGUCAAGAAUAGCGAGCUCGCCGGGCUCGUCCGUGUCCUGAACCUCAAGCGCAUCGUCGGCCAGAGCACAAAAUCCACCACUGCUCGCCUUCUUGGCCGCACCAAGUCGAGCCUUGAGACUUUCAUUGCUCCCCAGUCCGCCUUUGCCAUCAAUUGCUUUGCUGCCCUGUCAAAGUGCGUAAACCUCCGUGUCCUGGACCUUUCGCUCAUCUUCGAGGCCGUCAGCUUCUCUACCCUUGCCCAUACGCUCGAGAGGCUUCCGAACCUGAAGACGCUCUACUUCCCCCGCUCGUCCAGCGACAGCGCUUCCUUCGAUGCCUCUACCAUUGUCUGGCCACCCGUUGAGAGGCUCUACUUGAGCGGCAGCAUUGAGAACCAGUUCAUCAGGCGUCUGCUCAACGAGGACUUGCUGUCAUGCCGCCUUCCCGCUUCCCUGAAGACCCUUUCAAUCACCCACUGUCCACGCCUUGCCACACACGAUCUUACUUCUCUUGUCCGCGCCGUCGGCCCACAGCUGGAGGCGCUGACGGUCGAGAAUAUCCGCGGGCUUCGCGCCAAUGCCAUGGACCGUGUCCUGGACUUCUGUCCGCGUCUGAAAGCGCUCCGGGUGUCUUUGGACUAUGUCACCUUCAUGUUUGUGUACCGCGACCAGGAAGAUGAGGUGCGGUUCCUCAACCACCCCUUGGAGCGCCUAGAGCUCACCGACUCCGGCAACAUGGGCUGGUCCCUCGACCCUGACGAGGUACUCAAGGCAGGCGACCUUGCCGAUGCCAUCCAGGACGGCACCAUACCCAAUUUGCGCAUCAUCAGGGUAUCAAUGACCGCGCUGUGGCACGUUGAUGACGCGGAUGAGAUGAGGCGGCUUAUCGACACCAUAGAGGAAUCCUUCAACAAAAGAAAGGCAGAGAGUCCUGAGCUGGAGAACAAGAUAGUCGGCGUCUGGACCAUGGAAGAUUGA